AUGGAAUUCAAAGCAAAUAAAAAAAAAAGUUUCUCUGAUUCAACGGAACAGACAGAAAUUCCGGACAUUUUGGCUCAGACUGAAAGUGGCUGUAAAGUGUUGAUUGACGGGCACACUUUCCGUGAAGUCCUGAACAGUGUUCAUUCUCAAGAAGGAAAACUUGACCUUGUUCAAGAUCUCAUUAAGCAGAUUUUAAAUUAA